AUGAGCCAGUUGAGCCACGAGACUCACCGACCUGGAGCCUCCAUCCCUCCCGAAAACCAAGAGCAGUUCUCUUCAUCCUCUUCCUUCGGGAUCACUCCGUCUUCCUCCUCCGUGAUCUCUACACCAAACACAGGAGUGUCGGAGUAUCCACCCACUGGCGAUAGCCGAGGAGAGGAUGUCAAUAGCUCCUCCAAGGCGGAGUAUGAAGGAGAGUCUUCGCUUUUUGCUCAUGCAGUUUUUGCCAGCCGUUUCCUGCAAAACUUCAUCAACAGCUCACAGAACCCUGAUGUUUCACGAGAUAUGGAAGCCGCCCUCGAGGGGCUCAGAUCUGCCGUACACUCUGGAAACCAACAAUUUGACACCCUUGAUAAAGUGUAUCCUCGCGCCAACACAAUCCCACCUGGUUCCUCGAUCCACAACCUUCCGCUACCACCCAUUGACAAGGUGUUUGCAUGUCUGCGCAUGGCCAAGGACUGUACGCAAGUGGCCACAUUAUGGCUGGGGAACUUUAUGAAGCCUUCCCAGUUCCACGACUAUUUUAUUAAAGUCGUAUCGCCAGGCCCAGCUUCCGAAGCCGACUUGAUAAUUGUGCAUUGCGGUCUUUACUGGCUCUUUUGCGAGUGUUCCAAAGCAGUGUCUGGCCAAGAAGCAAAGCAAGACUAUGAUGCGCAGUCUUCAUUAUGCCAAGCCAACCUCGAGACUGUUUUUGUCAAUUUCCAUUUCCAUCAUGCUACCACCAUGGACCUCGCCUAUGCUAUGGGGUUUGCGUGCAUGUAUUGCCUUCAGAAGAGCAAGAUAUCCGCGGCGUGGGGCUUCGUCAGUUUUGCCGCACACACCAUCCACGCUCUUGGCUUACAGCAUCAUAAAUUGCCCAUUAGUUCAGAGGGGCCAGAGGAUAAGGAACGCAGGAGAGACAUGUUCUGGACAAUCUAUUCAGCGGAGAAGACGUUGUCCUUGCGGUUAGGCCGCGCCUCAAACUUCCGAGAUCAGGAUAUUACCCUGGCUCGUCCUGUUCAAUCACGUCCCGGUGAUGCGUUCUUGGCAGUACUCGCCCCGGCUUGGGUCAGCAUGGCUAGUAUCCAGGGUCGAAUCUAUGACGAAAUCUACAGUCCAGGAGCCUUGAUGCAACCAGCACAUGUUAGAACGCCUCGUGCUCGAGCUCUUGCAGAGGAGUUGAAAGUUCUUAUGCAGCGUGCACAACAGGUUCAUGAGCAAUAUGCGGCGUCAAAAGGACACAUACUUGGGUUGGAUUUUCACGAAAUAGCACGGCGUUCCGACCGGGUUAUGGGUCUUUGCUUUCUCACCCUCAUCUACCGCAGUAUCACCCCAGAGAGACCAUCCAUGUCUGAAUUCUGUGACGAAUGUAUCGAAUAUGCGAGAGAUACGCUUCAAGAGCAUGAACGAUGCGUUGGUGUUAUAAACAAGUCGCAGGGCAAGCCGGUUUUCCUCGAAACAUACAUCAACUGGUACAUUAUUCGAUCUCCGUUCAUACCCUUCAUCGUUAUAUUCUGCUACGUUGUUGAGACUUCCCAGGCAUCGGAUCUCAAGCACCUGGGAGCCCUCGUGGAGACUCUUGAUUCUAUAUCAAACUCCCACGCACAAAGUACAUUCAACAAGCAGCGUGGCCUCUUUAGGGCAUUGUAUGACGUCGCUUGUAAGUACAUCGAGGUGAAAUCCCGCGAUAACAGCACCGGCCAAGUAGAAACUCCGUGGUCAGCAGUUCAGCAACAAUACGCCACUGAGUUCGCUGGCACGGCCUCGGCCACUAUUGGCCUUGGCUCGUUAGACCCUGGUGCAGUGGUGCAAAACACACCAAUGACUGUAUCCUCACAUGCUCAUUCUAGAAGUAUGGCGGGAGAAUAUGUCAGCCACAGAGAUAGGCCGGAACUGUUAGAGGGGAUGGUCGAUCCUCUCUCUUUGCAUAAUCCUGUCAUUGGGGAUGUGGACAUGGAAAUGGAUCCUUCGGGAGCCCAGCUCUGGGACUGGUUUAACAAAAAUCAGUCGAUCAUGAGGAUGCUUGAAGAUACAUGA